ACACAUUUUUACUUCCGACAGAAAUCAGCAGAGUACGGAAAGACAUGUACAACGACACGCUGAAUGGCAGCACGGAGAAGAGGAGUGCGGAGCUGCCUGACGCCGUGGGACCCCUGGUCCAGUUACAAGAGAAACUGUAUGUGCCUGUGAAAGAAUACCCAGACUUUAAUUUCGUUGGGAGAAUCCUUGGCCCCAGAGGACUGACAGCGAAACAGCUUGAAGCAGAGACAGGAUGUAAAAUAAUGGUCCGAGGCAAAGGCUCCAUGAGGGACAAAAAGAAGGAGGAGCAAAAUAGAGGCAAGCCCAAUUGGGAGCACCUAAAUGAAGAUUUACACGUCCUAAUCACUGUGGAAGAUGCUCAGAACAGAGCUGAAAUCAAGCUCAAGAGAGCAGUUGAAGAAGUGAAGAAGUUACUUGUACCUGCAGCCGAAGGGGAAGACAGCCUUAAGAAGAUGCAGCUGAUGGAGCUUGCGAUUCUCAAUGGCACCUACCGAGAUGCCAACAUUAAAUCACCAGCCCUUGCCUUUUCUCUUGCAGCGACAGCCCAGGCGGCUCCUCGGAUUAUCACCGGGCCUGCGCCCGUCCUCCCACCAGCGGCCCUGCGCACCCCAACGCCAGCUGGCCCCACCAUAAUGCCUUUGAUCAGACAAAUACAGACCGCUGUCAUGCCAAACGGAACUCCUCACCCCACCGCUGCAAUAGUCCCGCCUGGGCCCGAAGCUGGGCUCAUUUACACGCCCUACGAGUACCCCUACACAUUGGCUCCGGCGACAUCCAUUCUUGAGUACCCCAUUGAACCUAGUGGUGUAUUAGAGUGGAUUGAAAUGCCAGUCAUGCCUGAUAUUUCAGCCCAUUGACUUGCUGGACGAAGGACUAGAGUGCAGCGGGCCAGUCCAUGCGCAGCAGACCAGGGCCGCCCCUGGUCCCGCCACCCACAGCUCUCUCCCCGAAUUGUCUAGGACCAUGGUGCUGCAUGCGUGCUGUGUACUUUUUAGGACUUGGAUCUGUGUUUUCUUCCUUUCCAGCAUUAAUCUCGAUUUACAAAAUUUUGAAAAUCUUUCAUGAACGUGGACAUUAAGCUAUAAGCCUGAAAACUCCAUUGUUGAAUUAAAUGAAGCCAUGCUGCUCUGUAUGUUAUCUGUGUGCGUGCAUGCACUCCGGUGCCUUUGUCUCAGGAAUGGAGACAGGACUGCACGAGGGUGCGUUCCUCAGGGGGCAGGGUGGGGUACUGAGGGACGCAGGUCAGAGUGAAACCACAUGGCCCUCCAAGAGGCUGGCUUUUGCUGCACAUUCUUAAAGCCUUGUUUUUUGUUUUGUUUUGGGUUGGUUUUUUUUUUUUUAAUAUAACAUGUAACAUAUAACCUUUAUAAGUGUUUCCUUCCUAUUAACCCUCUGUCCUGUGGUCCUGCAUGCUCCUCCCCUCCCCCUGGAACUCCUCUCUGCUGCCCCCACAGCACCUGUUGCCGAGGAGUUGUAGGGCUGGCCUUCCCUGCCGGGGCCCAGUUGCACAUCAGGAUGAGCAGGGUGUGGGGCCGCUUACUGCUUAGAGACUCGAGGCCUGGCUGCAGAACUCUGCAUUGUAAAGCAACAUGGGUUUUGUGUUAUCCAGAAGUUUCUCUUGAGCAAAGCUUAAUGAGUAGACAAAAUUACAAAUAAAAGGUUCAGAUGCCCAUUUGGGAUCCAUGCUAAAUGGGAAGAAGGAAGGUGUGGUGAGCCAACUUUCACUCCCGCUCUGUCACCUGAGCUGGCGCUGGCCACUUGGAGCACUCAGACCACGGUGUCCCCCUGCGAAGGGACAGUGGCCUGCACACAGAUAACAUGCAUGCCGCCUGUCGGUGCUCCCGGUAGAGUACCUGGAGAGGAGCAGCCUUUGCAGACAGUUGCAGGCGUGCGUGUUGGUGGUAGUGCGGAGGUUGGUGUGAGCAUCAAGUCUUCACUGGUGACUAAUGUUUAAUUCCCUUCCUUUUAUCUUCAGGUAUGGCUUUCCCAACGAAAGGCUAAGAAUUCAAGAACGGUCUUAACCGAACCCUCAUCAGAUCUGAAUUUAACAAAUGCUUAGUCUCAGCAGCCUCCGGGGGAAAAACAAACACAAACAAAAGCCUAGCCUAGCAGUCAGUGACUUACUUGCACUUUUUGCACAUAGACAUAAAGUAAAAUUGUGUUAUUAAUUCGGUUUUGUCUGUAAUAUGACCAAGUGGCUGUAAUUGAUGAAGGAGUGUGUAGUAGUGUACUGACUGCUAAGUACUAUACUGUUUGCUUUACUAAUCACCUAAUUCAUUGCAGUUCAUACUCAUCGACUCAACAGUUUAAAACCACAGUCUGUAGGCUUUGAGAGUUGCUUCUAAACCUAUACAUGAUCAACUCUGAAAAUAGUCGUAAGGUUAGCAAGCCGUGAUCAGUCUUCAGCACGGCAGGUUUCAGUGGGCCUGUUGGGAGAGGCUCCUCAGGGACUGCGUGACCAGUAAGCUUAACUGGACUUAACGCAGAGACGACCCACUGUCAUGCACCUGCUGAGGAGCGGAGGGCCCAGGGGAAGGCCGCCGUGUGUGAAGCCAGUGCGAUAUGAUUAGAUGCCUAUACCUGCGGCCUAGAGCGUGGUUAAUUUUAAAACUACUGUGCCUUAACAUGUUUCCUAAAACCAAUUUUUGUAGUGAACGAACAUUUGAAGUCCAUUUUUGAUAAACCUGCUGUUAAUGUUCUUUGUUUGUUUUUCUGUUGUGUUUUUCCCUGUGACUGCUCUCUAACUUUGUCUUGGUGAUUGCAAUUUAACUAGGUGCGGUGGCUACUAAAGUUCGAAGGCACGAUAUGCGUGUCCAUCCUUACCAAAGGAUUGUGACCGCAGACCGAGGUUAGUUUAGUCCUGCAGUUCUUGUUGCUAAGAAACGCGUGGGGUGUUGCACCACACACUGUGGACCCGGGUCCUGACCGCCUGCGGCCGGCAAAGCAGCAACUCCGGCACGCCAGGCUUUGUCAGCAUGGAGAGAUUGAAGUGUGUGUGGGUGGGGAGGGGGUGGAGAAGGGGGGGGUUUCUUGUGGGUUUUAUUUUGUUUUUGUUUUGGUUUUUGCUUUUGUUUUUGUUUUUUUGUUUUAGGUUUUUUUUUUUUUAAUUCCCUUUAUAUUUUAACUUAUUAAAAUCUGUGUUAGUAAGUGCUAUGGUUAUUCCUACUAAAACAGCCAGUCAGUUCGGGGAGCCAUCCAGUCUGAUGUUGCCCGAGUGAUAGUUUCUGCUUGGAGUUGACCUUCUAGUUAGUUUAAACAUUUGGCGUGGGUGUUGCAAGAUAUAGGGAGUGGGUGGAUGAGGAGCGAAGUGAGGAGUUUCUGCCUCCUAUACGCUUCUGGGGAAAACUGAGGGUCUCCUUCCACUUUCCUUUCUGAAGGAAAGUGCUCAAGCCCCAUUAGAUGCACUGCUGAAGUCAGGUCAGGACUGUGAAGAGAACUGCACUUAGUCGGUUUGGUUUUUUUGCUUUUUUGUUUUUCUAAAUAAAGAUCAAAGUCAAUUCCCGUAUAGUCUUACAUUCUCUUGUCAGAAUGGAUCCUUUGAUUCUUAUCUCCACCCCCACCCCCAUUUGCUGCUAAACCCUCUCACGUUCAGAGGUGAUGGAGAGCCAGCUCUGUGUGUCUUUGGGGGCUAACCUGUGACUGCAAAAUGAGUCUGCAUUUUUCUCUUUUUCACCAUUUAUAAUUUGUGCCCCAUCUUUCUAGAGCCCUAGACUCCCUUGUAAACCAUUACUUUUUUGUGUGUGUGAAGUGAUAGUUUCGGUUUACUGACAUUGAAUUGCUUUUGUAAGUUUUGUUUGUUUUCUUUUUCAUUAUGAGAUAGGAAUCCCAAGCAGGGUGGAAUUCCCCCCCCCCCCCAGCUUCUGUGACAUACAGGCGCACUGCCAUCGAGUUGUCCCUGCCUCUCUGCACCUGUGUGGUUACAGCACAUCGUGCGGGGGCUAGUCCCAAUCUCUCCCAUUGCUGAGAAAGCCAGGGAUUGACACUGCAUCAGACCACUUUCUCUGAGCUUAGAAAGAUGGGCCUGCUUUUUGUAAGAACCUCACAGACCAGUGUCCCCCUGGAAAUCAGAGAUACUUAGGGCAUCCACCUGCCCAGCCUACAGCAGAAAUAUUUAACUUCCCAAGCCCUGUAGACUCUUAGCUCCAGCAGACCUGGCUAAGAGGGAUGAGUCCAUGAACAAAGUUAACCUUGGGCUCUGUGGGCAGCUGGAAGCUAAUGCUCCUUGUAAGAGUGGGUUAGGCAGAGCAUGGCUCCUGAGAGGUGGGAGGUGGGGUGGGGGCAGGCAUCCACAGGCUUAAAUCAGGCACUUUCAUGAAUGAUUUGAAGCUUUAUUAAUAUUUGCUAAUGUCUAAAAUCCUUCUAAAGAGUAUUUGAAAGUAGUUUUGAUGCUGUUAGCCUUUCCUGGUAUCCCCGCCCCUGAGGGGAUUUGUCUGAAUUUUACUUUCACGCAGUAAUUGCAGACCUACUCACAGCCUUGUGUCUUGAAGUGGUGGAGGAUAUUAGAGGAAGACUUAGUCUGUUUCGAAAACGACAGCACAUUCCAUGCUCUCCUGUAUUUAUGUGUUCUCACUAGUCCUGUCACUGAUUUUAGUAAAAAUGCAAUGUCAGCAAACCGAAAUGGUAUUUUUUUAUUUAAUUUUUUUAAAAAAUAACAAGACUCCUUGUCCUGUUGUCAGUCUCUCUGUAUGCACUCAUUUGGGUCUAAGGAAGGUGACUGGAACCCUUCCCUUAAAUUAUUUUAUGAUACUACUGUUGCUCCCUAUUUUUGAGGGGUUUUUCUUUUGUUUUCAAACUUUUGAAGACAAGAUGAUUUCACUUACAGCCAGGAGACGCAGCCUGUGUGAGGUGAGGUUAAUAAUGUGAGGUCAGGUCAGGAGUGGCAAGAGUAAGGGUGACUGGCCUGGAUCUAGUUCUUCACUGGGCUAAGCACAUCUACACAGUUUUCACGGCCUUCGGGGUCCACAUGUGGUUGUGGUUUGCAUGGGUGGCACACGGUGUGAACUCUGGGGGCCAGGACUCGGCAGGAUAUUCUCUGGGUGUUAUGGGGUUACCCUCUUUAUAUUACACACCCACACACACAGGCACAGGCACACAGAACCAGAAUUUUCCUCAAUACUGAUUUCACAGAAUCCAUCACUUCCCUAACUUGUCUAAGAAGAGCCAGGCCACUUUAAUCAAAAUGUGAAGUCGGCGCUGUCUCCUGGAGUGCCCAUGCAGUGGCACGGUGGUCACGCUUGUUAGGUAUUCAUGUGCCGCUCUGACUCCGGAACAGCCGUGCUUAUUUUAAAAACAACCCACCUCUUUGAAAAAAAGGGAAGAUUUGGGUUAUAUCAAGAGGCCCUAUUCCGUAUGUAUUGUAUUUAUAAAAGAUCCUAAAAGUGGCCAAGGGCCACUUUCUUGUGGCUCUACCAGUCCAUGACAGAGGUCCUGGGGUCCCUGUGAGCGUGUGACAUGCCCUGGGCUUCACUAGGGUUUGCCACCAAGCAUCUUCAUACCUUGUCCCCUCCACCUUAGUCCUUGUCCCCUCCACCUUAGUCACGGGCACAGCAGUACACACCGAGUGGUCAGGCCUCAGAGUGUAGUGCCGACAAUAAGCUAGUGAAUGAGUCUUACAAAUCGUACUACUGUUAAGUGGACCAAGUUCGGUGAAGCCGAAUGUGACGGGUCGUUAAGGAAGGAAUAGCUCAAGGACACUGGGAAUGGUCACUUUUCCACUUGAGAACUACUUUGUUUUACUGUAAUUUUUUUUGUUUGUUUUGUUUUAUUCUGUUUGUUUUGCAAAAGAAAAUAGUAUUUACAGGUGGCUUCUUUUAAAAUAUAAAAUUAUAAAGCAGGAAUGUAAUGUAUAUGAAGUGUCAGAUUUUAUUGUAUUUGCAGAGUAUUAGCUUUGAAAUUGAAUAAAGGACGCUGUUUGUCAUUUCAAAAUGCCUUAUUGGUAUCAAUUAGAAAUUCCUUCUAUUUUUUGAUGUACGUAGAGCUUUUUGAGUAUAGAAAUUUAAAUGGCAGAACUUUACAGUGUUUACAUGCAAGUGCAUUUUAUAAGUGUUCUAUAUGUGUAAAAUAGUAUUUUUCUUUCAACUGGAAAGUGUUGGCCAGUGCCGGCAGCCUGGCCUGUCCCUGGCUCCCAUGAGGUUGCUGCCCUGCUAGAGGACAGUUUAGUACUGCUCUGUAUCAUGAGGCCAGGAAAUUCCAUGUUGUUUGUAAAUAGAAUAAUUGGAGGAAAAAAAAGCAAUAAACAUUUAUUGAACAAAAGAAAA